AUGGAAUACCUGACUAGAAUGUUGAACCAGCUGAAAGAUGAUAAAAAUUUCAAAUUUCACCCCAAGUGCAAAAAUCUAAAUAUAACACAUUUAGUGUUCGCUGAUGAUCUCCUUCUUUUCUGCAAAGGGGAUCCUUAUUCAGUGAAUAGAAUUUAUCAAUGUGUUGAAUAUUUUGGAGCAUGCUCUGGUUUAGAAGCAAACCCUGCAAAAUGCUCUAUCUAUUACGGUGGAGUUUCUGAUGAAACUAAGCAUGAGAUUAGUAAUUCACUGGGGUUCCCUGAAGGUUCUCUUCCAAUCAGAUACUUAGGCCUUCCUCUCAUAAGGUUGGGAAUCUUCUCGGCAAGACUUUGGAACAUUGCUACUGCCCUCAAAAUACUGUGGAGUAUUCACAUGAAUAAGGAACUUUUGUGGAUUAAAUGGUCCCAUGAAAAUUAUCUGAAAAGUAGUAGCAUUUGGAUGGUUAAAGCUAGAAAGGGAGACUCUUGGAUGUGGAAACAAUUAUUGAGUAUCAGAGAUAAAUGUACUGAUAUGUGCGGAGGGAUUGAUAACCUCAUUCAGCUCCUCAGUUCAUGCUGUAACAAUUCAAAAAUUAAGAUCUCUGACAUUUAUUCCAGGCUGUCACCUAAUACACCUCAAGUGGCAUGGCAUGAUACAGUUUGGGAGGAUUUAAGCUAUCCAAAGCACCAGUUCAUACUAUGGCUGGCAGUCCAGGAUAAGCUUCAAACUCAAGACAGGCUCCUUAGACAUGGAAUUAUUCAGAAUUCAGUAUGUAAGCUUUGUGACUGUUCUAUCUCAGAGAGCAGAAAUCACCUGUUUUUCGAGUGCAAUCUGUCAAAAAAGGUUUGGAAUGGUAUUAUGGAAUGGCUCAACUUCAAAUGGAGAUCUUGUGACUGGCAUACCCUCUUGAACUGGUUCAAUUUCAGGUUGAGGGGUAAGGGUAUGAAACAAAAGAUUAAGAGGAUGGCUUUUGCUGCAACAGUCUAUACUAUUUGGAAUGAAAGAAACUGCAGAAUUUUCAAUCUAGAGAGCAAAGCUCCUGACAUUUUAAUGAAGAACAUCAAGAUAGAUGUCCUCACUAUCAUUUUGAAUUCUCAGUCAUCGAAUUGCAGGGAAUGGGGGUUCUCCAUAUAG